AUGCCAAAAACAAAUAAAAAAAAGACAAUACAACAAAUAGGCUAUAUUAACAUCAAAGAUACCAAGAAUAUAUGGACAUAUUGUAAUAAAGAUAAUACAUUAGGAGGUAUCGGUGUGUUUAUUGCAAACAAUGAUCCAAAAAAUUUAAGUGAAAGACUACCUGAAGAAUAUGAAACAAAGAACCAAGCAAAAGUUGGUGUUAAUAAUAAUGAACAAGAACAAGCAACUAAAUUAGCAUAUCAAGGAUCCAAAAAAGAAGAUCGAAUUAAAAAUAAAUUAGCAGCUAUCAAACUUAGGAAUGAAUU